AUGUCAGCCUACGACCCAUGUGUCUUUACCAAUGACAGCAACGGACUCAUACUCGAAGUCCAUGUGGAUGACAUCAACGUGAUGGGCAGGGACAUCAACGCGAUCCUUGACUUCAAGGCCCAGAUCUCACGAACAUUCCCUAUGACCGACGAAGGUGAAUGCUCCUGGUAUUUGGGAAUGCACGUCGAGCAGAAGCCCGGAGAAAUUCGCAUCCACCAAAAGCAAUACAUCGACCAGAUUGUUGCCAAGUACGGUUUCAGCCAAGCUGCACCGGUCAAAACACCCCUUGAAAAAGAUAUCAAGCUCAUCAAACAGGGUGACUACAACGCUCAUCCCAAAUUCCGCACAGUGUAUCAGUCCAAAGUUGGGUCGCUCAACUUUGCCAGCAACCAAACAAGACCGGACAUUUCCUUUGCUACAGGUUACGUGGCUCGAUAUGCAUCCAAUCCGAAUCAGAAACAUAUGGAUGCUGUGGAUCACAUCUUUGCAUACCUCAAAAACGAUCCGGGCAAAGGAAUUGUUUAUUCAGGGAAACACGGCCUUCAUCUUACGGGGUUCGUGGACAGCGACUUUGCCGGUUGUGAAGACUCACGGAGGUCGACAACUGGGUGGGUUUUUACACUCGCCGGUGGCCCUGUGUCCUGGUCGUCGCAGAGACAAAAGACGGUGGCUACAUCAACUAUGGAUGCAGAAUACAUUGCAGGUGCAGAGGCUGCAAAAGAAGCCGUGUGGAUUCGCAAUUUUAUCAACGAUCUUCGCAUUCCCGGGGUCCACAUCGAUACAGUCCCGUUAUACAUCGACAGCAACUCAGCCCUGAAACUUACUCGAAAUCCCGAGUUUCACAGCAGGUCAAAACAUAUCGAUGUCAAACACCAUUUCAUUCGUGAGAAGGUAGACGAAGGAAUUAUCAACACUCAACGUGUCGACACGAAGGACAACCUGGCUGACGCGUUCACCAAAGCCUUGCCAAAGACCACGCAUGAGGGCAGGAACGCCACCGAGGAGACUGCCUGGCAGGCAGUCAGUGGCGUUAGGCAGUAG